AUCGUGGUUUCUGUGUGAACAAAAUCCAUUCACCGGAGGCCGUUCUGUUCUUCUUCUUCGUUCCUUUAAUUUCUUUCUCUUUCAAGAGCAUUCCUCACAGGAACGCUUUUCUUCAAGUUUCUUCUCAGCUUCUGGUGAGGAGACCGGCCACUCUGCAACUUCUCUCGCUAAAGAGCUAAUCGCGACUGUUUGGUGAUCAACAAUGACGAUCACACCCAAGAUUUCUAUCAACGAUGGCAACUUGGUGGUUCAUGGGAAGACCAUACUGACUGGCGUGCCUGACAACAUUGUGCUGACUCCAGGAUCAGGCCUUGGACUCGUUGCUGGCGCAUUCAUUGGUGCCACUGCUUCCAACAGUAAAAGUCUGCACGUUUUCCCUGUGGGUGUGUUAGAGGGUCAGCGCUUCCUGUGUUGUUUUCGUUUCACGUUAUGGUGGAUGACACAGAGAAUGGGAACAUCUGGGAGAGACAUCCCUUUUGAGACACAGUUCCUGCUUAUGGAGAGCAAGGGAACCGAAGGGGAGGAUCCUGAUAAUUCAUCGACCAUCUACACUGUCUUCCUUCCUCUUCUUGAAGGCCAAUUCCGUGCUGCCCUGCAGGGCAAUGAAAAGAAUGAGAUGGAGAUUUGCCUCGAGAGCGGAGAUAAUUCUGUUGAGACAAACCAAGGACUUUCUCUUGUCUAUAUGCAUGCUGGGACCAAUCCCUUUGAAGUUAUCAAUCAAGCAGUGAAGGCUGUUGAAAAGCAUAUGCAAACUUUUCUACAUCGAGAGAAGAAAAAGUUACCUUCCUUCCUUGACUGGUUUGGUUGGUGUACUUGGGAUGCUUUUUACACCGAUGUCACCGCUGAGGGUAUUAUGGAAGGUCUCGAAAGCCUAUCAGAGGGAGGGGCACCUCCAAAAUUCUUGAUCAUAGAUGAUGGUUGGCAACAGAUUGAGAGCAAACCAAAGGAUGCUGAUUGUGUUGUACAAGAAGGAGCACAGUUUGCGAGUAGGCUUUCAGGAAUAAAAGAAAACCACAAGUUUCAGAAAAAUGAGAAGAACAAUGAGCAGCAAGUCCCAGGCCUGAAGGUGGUUGUUGAUGAUGCCAAGCAACAGCACAAUGUGAAAUUUGUGUAUGCGUGGCAUGCUUUAGCUGGUUAUUGGGGUGGAGUGAAGCCAGCAGGUCCAGGGCUGGAGCACUAUGAGUCUGCUUUGGCAUACCCAGUCCAGUCACCGGGCAUGUUGGGCAACCAACCAGACAUAGUUGUAGACAGCCUUGCUGUUCAUGGGAUUGGCCUUGUUCAUCCAAAGAAAGUCUUUAAUUUCUAUAACGAGCUUCAUUCCUACUUGGCUUCAUGUGGUAUCGAUGGUGUAAAGGUUGAUGUGCAAAACAUUAUUGAGACCCUCGGUGCUGGUCAUGGUGGUCGAGUUGCGCUUACUCGUAGCUACCAUCAGGCCCUCGAAGCAUCAAUUGCUCGAAACUUUUCCGACAAUGGUUGCAUUGCCUGUAUGUGCCACAACACCGAUGGUCUCUACAGUGCCAAACAGACUGCGGUUAUGAGAGCUUCUAAUGACUAUUACCCUCGUGAUCCUGCCUCCCACACCAUUCAUAUCUCUUCUGUAGCUUACAAUUCUCUUUUCCUUGGAGAGUUCAUGCAGCCUGACUGGGAUAUGUUCCAUAGUUUACAUCCUACAGCAGAGUAUCACGGAGCUGCUCGUGCGAUUGGUGGAUGUGCAAUCUAUGUCAGUGACAAACCAGGCAACCACAACUUUGAGUUGUUGAAGAAGCUAGUCCUUCCUGAUGGAUCAGUUCUUCGUGCACAGUUACCUGGCCGACCGACACAUGACUCUAUGUUCAACGAUCCAGCUAGAGAUGGCACCAGCCUGCUCAAAAUUUGGAAUAUGAACAAGUGUUCUGGUGUUGUUGGAGUAUUCAACUGCCAGGGUGCUGGUUGGUGCAGGAUCACGAAGAAGACUCGCAUUCACGACGAGUCUCCAGGUACCCUCACCACCUCUGUCCGUGCAGCCGAUGUCGAUGCUAUUUCCCAAGUUGCCAGUGCCGAUUGGAAGGGCGAUUCUAUCGUUUAUGCUUAUCGAUCAGGAGAAUUGACUCGAUUGCCAAAAGGUGCCUCGGUUCCAGUGACCCUCAAAGCUCUAGAAUAUGAUCUUUUCCAUAUUUCUCCUCUAAAGGACAUCACCUCAAACAUCUCAUUUGCACCAAUCGGUCUGCUCGACAUGUUCAACAUCGGCGGUGCCAUCGAGCAAGUCGAUGUCCAAGUGAUCGAACCAUUGCUAGAGUUCGACGGUGAAAUUGCCUCCGAGCUAACCGGCUCUCUCCCCAAUGAUCGACCUCCAACAGCCACAAUCACCUUGAAAACUCGAGGUUGUGGAAGGUUUGGUGUAUACUCAUCUCAACGACCUCUAAAAUGCAGUGUGGACAAGACAGAUACCGACUUUGUGUACGACGAGGCAACGGGAUUAGUCACCUUCACCGUCCCUAUCCCAACCGAGGAAAUGUAUAGAUGGAGCAUUGAAAUUCAAGUUUAAGUGAAUGUCUUUGUAUGCUUAAGUUCAUAUUUUGCUAAUGCUACCAUAUCAUUUAAUAAUGGCGUAGGGAGAAGAGAGAGAGAAGGCAAGGAGGAAAUUAUAAUGUGUCCAUGUAAUGAAUAUAUGGUGGAAAUGGUUGUAAUCUAAUUCUCUUUAUGCAAUAAUAAAUCUUUACUCUUUGCUA